UCGGUCACAGUCAGUGAAGCUGAGCGGCAGAGAUGCACGGCUCACAUGCACAGCGCCAUUUUCUUCAGGAUGUGAUGUCACUAUGCAGGAAACUGCGGUCAAGGUCAACGUGUCUACGUCAACAACACUGCCGCCUACUGCCAACUUGCUCAACUCUGGGAUGAUUGCCAAAUGUAGCUUAUGUAUAAAGAGGGAGAAGAAUGAACAUGUCAUUUCUACAUGACUGGAUGAAGAUGAAGCAAGUCAUCAUCUUCUGUGCUGGGUUCCUCGGCCUCAUCCAUUCCUGUUGGCCUGAAGCUGUCUGCUAUGUAUCUGAUACACAGAAGUCCUAUGUCACCAGCUUGGCGAUCAGCAUGGCACAAAGUGUGGGGCCAUGUGUUGUCCCUGACCCCAGCGUCCUUCUGGCACUGAACUUAGGAAAUAUGACCGACAUCUCAACUCAAGACCUGCUGGUAAAACAGCUAAAAGAAGAUGCUGCUCAGAAGAUCAAUGGCAAUAAGCCAUUUUCUUCAGGUAAAGUGGCACUUUAUGUCAUGGCCCUGCAAUCCUCAUGCUCCGACCCGACUGAACUCCCUAAUAGUAAUAUAGACCUUGUUCAUCUUCUUGAAACCAAGACUAAAGAAGAACUUGACAGUGUCGCAAGCAAUGGUUCUCCUCUUACUACCUGGUAUCAAGUAAGCCUUGACGUGCUAGGUCUUUGUGUGAUGUCCAAAUCGUCAGCUAUUGAGGCAGCACAUAUUUCUGCAAAAAUGAUCCCUACUUCCCCAUCUGGGCACACAUUUUCUGUAGAUACAGCAGCUGUGGCAGUGAUGGGAUUCACUUGUGUGCUUGAAAUGGAAGAUGUGCCCAUAGAUACAUUCACAGCAGUGAAGUACACUGUUGGAGCUCUGGUGGACAUGAUCUUGGAUGCCCAGAAGGAUGGACUUCUCGGUAACAUCUACAGCACAGGGCUGGCGGGACAGGCCCUAACAGCAGCAAAGUCUUACUAUUCUUCAGAACGCUGGGACUGUCCUCAGACAUUGAAGGCGGUGACAGAUUUGAUACCACAAAAGAAAUUCUCCUUGCCAAUCGCUGCUGCUCAGCUUCUUCCUUUCCUGUGGGGUAAAAGUUAUGUCUCUGUGAAAGACAUCCCAUGCCCAAGUCAUGAAGCUCAACAGAUCUCAGUGGAAUAUACCAUAGUCAAUGACCUUAUUGGAGAGAACUUUAAAUACUCCAUUGUUGUGUCUGUGAAGGAAGGAUCCACUCUUCUCGAGGUUAUGGAGAAGGCAAAACAGCUUGAUCCCAAACACUUCAGUUUUCAGACAGAGACUUCUUCUUGGGGAUCUUUUGUAACAUCCAUUAACAAUCUUGGGGGAAGCACGAAUGACAAGACGUACUGGCAGUUUUUCAGCGAUGUGACUCCAUUAAGUGAAGGUGUCGGCACAUACAAGCCUAGUAACAAGGAGCAUAUUUUGGCCAUCUUUAGCAAAUACUGAUUUCUUUUUAUUUUUUUUAUUUUUUUUAUUACCCUCCAUUUACGUUACAAUUUUUGUCAAGGUAUAAAUUUUUUUUUUAUUUUGGCUCAGGAGCGCCAUGCAGAGGUCACAUGAUUUUUUGAAUGGAUUAAGUUUUAAGCAGUUUGUUUACUAUGUCCAGUAUAUUCAGCACUCAUGUUUUACACCCAAAGAAAUAUGAUUGUAUGGAAUAAACAGACUAUGUUAA